AUGCUUGGGAUUGAUGAAGACUUUGAAGACACACCGCGGUAUUCUGAUAACCCAGAAUUUGAGAGUAUCGUCGAACCACUAUUAAGUAACUUAUUCGAGAUGAAUGGGCAUCUGAGCACGCUACAGCAGUUCAUAAAGACGCUGGAAAGGAACCAGGAACAGGGCAACGUUAAGUCCAAAAUGAUUGCGAAUCUUGACAAAAAGUCAGUUUUCCACAUAGACGAAAUCACCAAGCUCGUUAAAGUAGUCAAUGGCUUAGCUCAAAAGAUCAGCUCAAUUGAGGAAACAGCAUUGGAUAAGUCGCAGGUUAUUUCGAGGGAUAAACUAAUCCGUGACAUCCGAUACUCAGUCCAAGAAUUUCAGGAUGCACGUAAAGAGUUUACAACCGUCUCCAAAGCCAUGAAUGACGAAGCUAAGGUGGCCCUGAGCCAAGAAGAAGAAGAAGCUCGGAAAACAAUUGGGAGCGGCCAGGAAGGUCAAGAGACCAACGAAGAAACAUCGCAGCAGUCUCAAUCGCAACAGCACAUGGUGGUGAUAGAACGAGAAGCGUUAAAUAACGAGGAAUUUGCUUACCAGCAACAGCUAAUACAAGAACGAGAUCGGGAAAUCUCGCACAUCGAAAGCGGUGUUAGUGAGUUGAACCAAAUUUUCCAUGAUUUGGGUAACAUCGUGCAGCAGCAGGGCCAUCUUGUGGACAAUAUUGAAAGCAACAUCUACUCUGUUGCCGAUAGCGCCCGGUCUGGGGCCCGUGAAUUGACAAAAGCUAUGAAUUAUCAGCGAGGCUCAAGCAAAAGGUGUCUGAUGAUUUUGGCAGUCUUUUCCUUUCUUUUGAUUAUGUUUAUCUUGGUUGUUUUAAGCUAG